AUGAGGCGCGGGGGCCCCGCCGCUCUCGCCGCCUGCCUCGCCGGGGCGCUCGCCGUGCUGGCGGGGCCGGGGCCGGGGCCGGGGCCGGGGGCGGGCAGCCCCCCGUGGGGCGGCCGGCGGCCCCCCCGCAGCUACGGCCACCUGGAGGGCGACGUGCGCUGCCGGCGGCUCUUCUCCGCCACCCGCUUCUUCCUGCGCAUCGACGGCGGCGGCGGCGUGGAGGGGACGCGCUGGAGGGAGCGGCCGGGCAGCAUCGUCGAGAUCCGGUCGGUGCGUGUCGGCGUCGUGGCCAUCCGGGCGGUGCACACCGGCUUCUACCUGGCCAUGAACAAGCAGGGGCGGCUCUACGGGUCGAAGGAGUUCAGCCCCAACUGCAAGUUCACGGAGCGCAUCGAGGAGAACGGCUACAACACCUACGCGUCGCUGCGCUGGCGGCACCGGGGCCGCCCCAUGUUCCUCUCGCUCAAUAGCAAGGGCAGGCCGCAGCGAGGGGGCCAGACGCGACGGCAGCACCUCUCCACCCACUUCCUCCCCAUGCUCAUCAGCUGAGCCCAGCUCCCAGACGGUCCUGUGGAAAAAAGGGAAAAAUAGGGUUAUUUUAUAUGUGUAAAUAUCUUUUUUUUUCCUAUUUAUUGUUUUAUUUUUUAAAUGCAUGGUGGAGGAUGGACACGGACAUGAAAGCUCCAGAACAAAAGCCGUGCGGGGAUGCGGCCGUCCCCGGUGUCCCAUGGGGGCAAAGCCACACGCCGGGGCUGGGGCACGCGCCCACCGCGGGCCGGGGCUGCCGACGUCUCCCCCCACCCCGAGCAGCCACCACCAGCCCUGGGGCUGGGACGUCCCGGGGCUGCGUUCGCUUUGUGGCCAAGCACCCGUGGAA